AUGUCAACUUCUUGGAUAUACCACUUGAAGAAACCAGAAUUGAUACAACAAGCCGAAGAUAGAAACAUCCCAACGACAGACCUCACGGUCGAACAGAUAAGAAAACUGCUGGUAAAAUCCAUAAAGGCCACAGACGAAUUCCAAACUCCAGAGAAAGAACGACCGGCUACAAUGUCUGAAGACGAAGGAAAAGUAGACGCAAAUCGGUUAACAAAGCUGAUCCGGGAAUGGAAUCUCUCAUUCAAAGGGUAUGGCAAACCCGAGGAGUUCCUGGAGAGGUUAGAGGAGCUCAUCGCGGCAAGUGGAAUAGAGAAGGAGGAAAUAUUACCAGCGCUACCACGGAUACUACAAGGAAAGGCUCUAGCAUGGUACAGAAAUAACACAGAGUCAUGCAAAGACUUCGACAGUUUCCUCAAACUAUUUAAACUUUAUUACUACCCCAGCAACUACGAGGAGGAUCUCAUCGUAAGGAUAGUAGCAAGGAAGCAAAGGUUCGGGGAGAGUUUCGUCGAUUACUUAACCGAUCUACAAACAUUGAUGCGAAGAAGCGGAAACCUGAGUGACAAAGAACAACUACACAGGAUUCACGAAAACAUGACAAAAAACUAUAAACUCUAUGUAAAGAAAACCGACUUUAAGGAUCUAUCAGAGUUAGUACAACUAACAGCAGAGUAUGAAAGCAUACUAACACCAGCAUACAGGGGAGUAUUACCAGGAAAAGGAUCCACAGAAAGAGCGAGAUGGAACAACCCGCCGCAGGAUCAGAGCGACAGAAUACUACAGACACAACAGCGAAGCGGACAAACGCGUGAUCGCCAGUAUGGACAACGGAACAGCGAACCGGGACCAAGCGCACGCGAAGGGAUAAAGAUACAUCCAAGAUAUGAUCCGAAAACAUGUUGCUGGUCGUGUGGCAAGUUUGGUCAUGACGCAGCACAGUGCCGCUCGCAACAACGCAUUUUUUGUAGUACUUGCGGCAUACUAGGUACGUUGAGCAAAAACUGCUGUAAGAAAAAUAAAGGAAACAGUAGCUCACAACCAAUAGGAGCGGCAGGUGACGAGGACCAAGGCGACACCAGACCUUUUAUCAACGUGACAUUUAACGGAGUCACAUACGAAUGCCUCAUAGACACAGGGUCAACUCACACGUAUGUAAACGAAGAAGUAUACAAAGUAUGCAAAAUGAAAGGAAAUCUCGAACAACGGGUACAACGAGCAAUAGUUUUGGCAAAUGGCACGAAAACAACAGUAAGAACAGCCGUGCUAGCAAAAAUAACAAUGAACAACGGUACGUUGUGGCAUUGGGUACGCGUAAUGCCCAUGGCGUCGACCAUCAUCAUAGGUAUGGACAUUUUAAGGAAAAUGGGCAUGAAGAUUACCUGGUCCGAUAGCCAAGAUGGCAGAGACAGCCACACCGACGAUGCUCAAGCCAUGACUCUGGAGGGAACACCGACUAGCCCCCCAGGUGGACUACCACCACAUAUAACUGACAAACAGAAACAACAGUUGGAAAAAUUACUUGAAAGCGAGUUCGAACAGUGUGACAACAGUCCCAAAGGAAACACAUGGGUUCAACAUAAAAUCAAAAUGAAGCACAAUGAACCAAUCAAGCAGAAAUACUACCCCAGGAACCCUAGCCAGCAACAGAUCAUAGACCAACAAGUUAAAGACAUGCUAGAACAGGGAAUAAUAGAGAAAUCAGAUAGCCCAUAUAGUUCACCAGUAGUAUUGGUAAAAAAAGAGAAUGGCCAGUACAGAUUUUGCAUAGAUUUUAGGAAAAUAAACGAAGCAUCGGAAAAGGACGCAUAUCCCAUCCCACAAAUAGAUGACACAUUGGAGAAACUCAGAAAUGCACAAUACUUCUCCAAAUUCGAUCUCAAGAAUGGAUAUUGGAACGUAAGCCUGGAGGAGAGUAGCAGACCACUCACAGCAUUCACAGUCCCUGGGAGAGGACUUUUCCAUUUCAAGGUCAUGCCGUUCGGAUUACAUUCGAGCGGAGCCACAUUUCAGAGGCUUUUAGACCAAGUAAUAAGUCCCGAAUUGGAGCCACACGCGUACGUGUAUCUAGACGACAUCAUCGUGUGCAGCACGACAUUCGAGGACCACUUGGCACACCUUAAAGAGAUAUUUCAUAGGAUCCGACAAGCAGGGCUACAAAUAAACAAGAAUAAAUGCGAAUUCGCGAAACCAGAGAUAGAGUACUUAGGCCACACGGUCACAAGAGAGGGUAUAAAGAUGAAUGAAGCGAAAAUAAGGGCAAUAGUAUCACUACAACCUCCAAAAACAGUAAAGGCCGUGAGAACACUAAUAGGAAUGACAUCCUGGUAUAGGAAAUUCAUACCUAACUACGCUACAAUAACAGCACCACUCGUAAAACUACUCAAGAAAGGAGAAAAGUACCUAUGGAACACAGAACAACAAGAAGCACUAGAAAAAAUAAAAACAAUAUUAACAACAGACCCCAUACUCGCUAGGGCGGAUUUUUCUAAACGUUUCACGAUACAGACAGAUGCGAGUGACGUGGACCUUGGCGCAAUAUUAACCCAGGAACACGAAGGAUUAACAAAAGUAGUCAUGUACGCAAGCAGAUCACUAACCCCACCAGAGACAAGAUACUCCACCACAGAGAAAGAGUGUCUCGCAGUCAUAUGGGGAAUCCGUAAAAUGAGGGCAUUCAUAGAGGGAUAUCACUUCACUAUCAUAACGGACCACCAGGCAUUGAAAUGGCUGAACACACUGAAGAACCCAUCUGGAAGGCUAGCCAGGUGGGCACUAGAACUCCAACAGUACCAGUUUGACAUUAUAUACAGAAGUGGAAAGCAAAACCAGGUAGCGGAUCAACUAUCAAGAAACCCGGUAUAUGCAAUAAAUACACAAGGCUGGUACGACAGGAAACUAGACCUGGUACAAAAGCAACCGAACGCAGUACAAGAUUACCGCAUAAAAGGGGGACAGUUAUAUAAAAAAAUAACUCACUCGGCGUACAACAAGCACACAGAUCCAGAAACAGAAUGGAAAUUAUGUGUACCAGAAGCUGACAGAGGACAAAUAAUGCACCAAAAUCACGACAUGCCAAGCGCAGGACACUUAGGGAUGGCUAAAACAACCAAAAAAAUAAUGCAACGUUACUACUGGCCCGUGGAGCAUCCCUUGAUCGCUGCCGGACGCGCGCGCGAACUGCGCUACGGCCAGGAACCGCGAGAGGAGAGCACAGGAGACCAGCCACAACAAGAAUGGAACUUCGAAGAGACGCUGGCCCUCCUGGUCUCCACAGAUGAAUACUCCGCGUUCCUGGCAGAGGGCCUGAUGUCUCCGAUGGACACGAGCGGAGGCGAAGACGGACCAGACCCGGACACAUCGCCAUCAUCGACAACAAGCCCUAACUCGAACGACGGGAGGAAGAAGAAGCACCGAGCGGGCCGAAAAAGGAACGGUGGAAGGAAGUGUGGCUUAAUCAGGAUGCCACAUACCAGGCAGAAGCCAAAACCGCAGCACAGAGACAGCUAG